AUGUCCUCUGUGAAGGUUGCCGUUCGUGUACGGCCCUUUAAUCAGAGGGAAAUCGCUAACGGAUCACGAUGUAUCAUUGGCAUGAAUGGCACCACUACAACUAUCAGCGGUUCGUCGCCGGACAAGUGUCAUUCGUUCAAUUUUGACUAUUCGUAUUGGUCAUACUCGAAGGACGACGCUCAUUUCAUUAGUCAAACACAAGUAUAUCAGGAUCUUGGCGUGGAAAUGCUCGAACAUGCAUUUGAAGGGUACAAUGUAUGUAUAUUUGCCUAUGGGCAGACGGGCGGCGGUAAAUCAUAUACGAUGAUGGGAAAACCAGGUGACGAGAACGAAAUGGGAAUCAUUCCGCGACUUUGUAAUGACUUGUUUGCACGUGUCGCAAACAAUGACGAUAGUCAUAUACACUAUUCGGUUGAGGUUUCGUAUAUGGAAAUCUAUUGCGAACGAGUGAAAGAUCUACUAAAUCCGAACAGUACCGGAAAUCUUCGAGUACGCGAGCAUCCACUUCUUGGCCCUUAUGUAGAUGAUUUAACCAAAAUGGCAGUUUGUUCAUAUCAAGAUAUUUGCCAUUUAAUGGACGAAGGAAAUAAAGCAAGGACCGUUGCUGCAACAAAUAUGAACUCCACCUCGUCACGUUCUCAUGCCGUCUUUACUAUUGUGUUAACCCAGAAAAAGCACUGUCCAGAUGCGAAUCUGGACACGGAGAAGGUGUCCAAAAUAUCGUUGGUGGAUUUGGCGGGAAGCGAACGAGCCACUUCAACUGGUGCCGAAGGACAACGACUCAAAGAAGGCGCGAACAUCAACAAAAGUUUGACCACCCUUGGUCUUGUCAUCAGUAAACUUGCUGAAGAGGCCGGAAAGAAGUCAAAGCGAGGAAAAGGAGUGAUUCCCUACAGGGAUUCGGUUCUCACAUGGUUACUUCGCGAAAAUCUGGGCGGAAACUCAAAAACGGCGAUGAUUGCCGCUUUGUCACCAGCUGACAUUAACUUCGAUGAAACCCUUAGUACAUUGCGUUAUGCUGACCGGGCGAAACAGAUUGUGUGCCAGGCGGUUGUCAACGAGGAUCCAAAUGCUAAAGUCAUCCGAGAACUUAAGGAAGAGGUGAACAAACUUCGCGCAAUUUUGGAAGAGAAAGGUAUCGACAUUGCCGCUGACGAAUUAAAGAAUUCACAACCCGGUCGACCUCGUCAACUCUAUUCGGCACGCGAUCACGAUACUAUCGAGCAACUGAAGGCUUCAGAAAAGCUGAUAGCCGAACUGCAUGAGACAUGGGAGGAGAAGUUGCGGAAAACAGAGGAAAUUCGCCGCCAGAGAGAGGAGGAAUUGCGUGAGAUGGGUCUGGCAACCACUGAGGACGGCACUACUCUAGGUGUAUUCAGUCCCAAAAAGCUUCCCCAUCUGGUGAACCUUAAUGAAGAUCCCCUAAUGUCGGAAUGCCUUCUCUAUUACCUCAAAGAAGGUGUCACUAGCGUCGGUCGUCCUGAGGCUUCGAAACGUCCCGAUAUUCUUCUAUCCGGUCAGGCAAUCCUUGAGCAUCACUGCGAUUUCAUAAACGACGACGGCUGUGUAAGCCUUGAUCCGCAAAAGGAUGCACAGUGCUUUGUGAAUGGUCGUCCGAUAACCUGCGUUACAGUGUUGCACACGGGUUCUCGAGUAAUUCUAGGGAACUAUCACGUUUUCCGUUACAAUGAUCCACAGGAGGCAAGGCAGAGUAGACAUAACCUGUCCUCUUUAAAUGAGCAGCCACUGGAUUGGAAAUAUGCACAGCAGGAAUUGCUGGAAAAGCAGGGAAUCGAUCUGAAAGCGGAAAUGGAGAAGAAACUGCUUGAAAUGGAAAGCCAAUACCGACGCGAACGCGAGGAACUCGAAUUGAAAAUGCUUCGUCAGACAAAGGAAUACGAAACUCGCAUCGAGAAUCUUCAGCGGCAGGUCGAUCUGGCUCAGUCUAUGAUCAGCUCAUGUGGCUCGGGAUGGGAAGGAGAACGCUUUCUUACUAGCUCCCUUAUGGAAUUCGUUGAGGAGUGUAAGUGGACGUCUGACCAGGAAACAGUGGCUCGGAAGGCUGCCAUCAAAUGGAGAUAUCACCAGUUUACUUCGGUUCGUGAUGAUUUGUGGGGUAACGCUAUUUUCGUCAAAGAGGCAAAUGCUAUUUCUGUCGAACUGAAGAAGAAAGUACAAUUUCAGUUUGUUCUACUUACGGAUACUAUGUAUAGUCCUUUACCGCCUGAUCUACUACCGCCUGGAGAAGACCUAACACUACGCCCCUAUCCCAAGACAGUGGUCGCAAUUCAGGUACAAGAUCUGAAGAAUGGCGCUACUCACUACUGGAGUAUCGAAAAGUUGAAGCAGCGUUUGGAAGAUAUGCGUAGUUUCUACAAUGCCGAACUGUCCGUGGUUGGCACUCCUGCUGAUGCACCGUAUAAAACGGUAGCUGAGGGAUGGCUAGCCGCUCUACAACUGAAUCCUGCCCGACUUGUACCCGACAGACAACGUCUUGAGUCGAUGAGGGAGAUGUACAGUGCUGAUCAACUGAGUCCUUCUGAAGAUCCGAUGAUGGACGCAUUGAUGGGAACCGAUCCCUUUUACGAUCGGUUUCCGUGGUUCCGUAUGAUUGGCAGGGCAUUCGUCUAUCUUAACAAUCUUUUGCAUAAUGUUCCGUUGGUGCACAAAGUGGCUAUAGUCAACGAAAGAGGAGAAGUUCGUGGUUAUCUGAAAGUGGCUAUCGAACCGGUUAACCCACAAAAGAUGGACAUGCAGAAAAAAGGCGUUCGACAAACGGCGAAACUGCAUUUCCGCAAGGAAGAUUUCUUAAAAGCUUGUGGGAAUAAUGAAAGCCAGCACUUAAUAUUCCCAUGCCACAUGAAAGAGGACGAAGAGUUCUGCUUCAGUGUGAUGGUCCAGCAGGCGAUCGAUGUUUCUGAGCAGUACUCAGACGUGUUCUGCCAGUUCAAUUUUCUACAUCGUCAUGACGAAGCGUUUUCAACGGAACCAUUGAAGAAUACCGGUCGAGCACCGUUAUCCUUCUCUCAUUCACAAAAUCUGCACAUAAAGAUGAGCCACACUUUUCUUCACUAUCUGCACCACUUUCCCAUCAUUUUCGAGGUAUUUGGACAUUUCCAACAGAAACCGGAAGGGUUCCAGUUUGAAAGGCAGCACAGCGCUAUAGGCCGUAAAAUGUCCACGAAGCUGUCGUUCCAACAACCUUCGUUAGUGAUCUCUACACCUGUAAAGAGUAAGAAGGCGAAUGUACCCGUCCAGAACAGCACGACACAAAUUCGUUCGAAAACAGAUCUUUUGGUUUGGUUUGAAAUUUGUGAACUAGCUGGAAGUGGGGAUUACGUGCCAGCGGUGGUCGAUCAUGCGCAUGGGUUACCCACUCAUGGAAUUUUCCUUCUACAUCAAGGAAUCCAGCGUAGAAUAAAGAUAACUAUCUGUCAUGAGAGGGGAGAAAUCAAAUGGAAAGACUGUCAAGAAUUGGUCGUAGGCCGAAUUCGUAGUGGUCCUGAGUGGAGCGGUGGUGAAGAUAUAGAUGUACUCUCGCUCGGUUUAUUCCCUGGAACAUUCUUAGAAUUCAGUAUGGAUGAAAGAUCAUUUUUCCAAUUCGAAGCCGCCUGGGAUAGCUCACUUCACAAUUCGCCACUUCUAAAUCGAGUGUCAAAUUAUGGCGACCAGAUUUACAUGACAUUAUCUGCCUACAUGGAAUUGGAAGGAUCCACUCAACCGGCCGUUAUUACGAAGGACCUUUGUGUGCUGAUAUACGCUAGGGACUCGAAAAUCUCUGCCGCAAGCAGAUUUUGUCGCUCACUGAUCGGUGGAAUCUCGAAGUCUCCCGAGAUGAAUCGAGUGCCAGGCGUAUACCAGUUGUGUCUGAAAAAUGCUUGCGACUCAGGUGCCGUACGUCGUCAACGACGUGUACUGGACACUUCGUCAGCGUAUGUUCGUGGAGAAGAGAAUCUUGGUCAGUGGCGUCCUCGGGGUGAUUCGUUGAUUUUCGAGCAUCAAUGGGAACUUGAGAAGCUUACUCGACUGCAACAGGUGGAAAGAGUGCGUCUAUUUCUUCGCCUACGAGAUAAAUUGAAAGGGAAAAGGAAAGAGGGUGAGCUUAGAACUCCAGUCUCUCCAUGUGCUCCAGUUCGCGGGAUUCCAGAAUUUGUUAAAUUAGAUGAGAAGGAAAAAGGUAUUGCCAAUAAAGUUAUCAGCCUUAUUAUGCAACGAAUUCCGAUGAAUAAAGAAUCUCCGACGGGAAACAAAGUGCAGGAAUUGAGCGACGAGAGUAGUAGUAACAGCAUCACGUCACCAACAUCGGACAACUCAAUAAUGAAGUCUUCCCCAUCACUGGAUCAACUAAGUCGGCAGAAAUCGAAGUCCGACCAGAACCUCAGCUAUGUUGAUGAGGUUCUUGAUCAGUUGGCACUAAAGCGAAGUCUGAGUGGUUCAAGACUUCAUCAGCUUAACAUACUUAUUCCAGAGGUUACGGAGGAACGUGUAGGUAUCGUUGUGUCGAAGAAGGGAUAUAUGAAUUUCCUUGAAGAGAAGACGCAAGGAUGGACGAGGCGCUGGGUGGUCGUUCGCCGUCCCUAUAUUCUGCUGUUCCGUGACGAUAAAGACCUUGUGAUUCGCGGUAUCAUUAAUCUUGCCAAUGCUCGUAUUGAAUAUUCUGAAGACCAACAGGCGAUGCUUAAAGUACCAAACACAUUCUCGGUGUGCACGAAUCAUCGUGGUUUUCUAAUGCAAAUCAUGCCUGGUGAUGAGAUGUACGACUGGUUGUACGCCAUAAAUCCGCUUCUAGCUGGCCAAAUGAAAGUGAAGGCAUCCGCAAACGGAACGCUUAAAUCAGGAAUUUAG